AAAAUGGGAAUUCGACAUCUACAAAGCUUUAUGGAUAAGAAUUUGAGGAAUGGUACAUACGUUGUUCAAAUGGAACAGGAAAUAUGCAAUGCGAAGAAGAACAUGGAGAAACCUUUGAUAGUGAUCGAUCUUACGGCACUGUUUUCUAUAUUUUGUUCCGACUUACGUGGCGCCCUGUGUGGUACGCAGAUCAAACGAACGGAGCAUACAAUCGACAUGUUUUUCGAGCGCCUGACCGAUGCGGGCGCUGAGCUGGUGUUUUUCUAUAAUGGCCAUACACAUCCGACCAAGCGUGACAUUUGGAUCACUAGUCAAAAUGAAAAAUACAAUGCCAUGAUCCAUAUUGUGGACGCAAUCAACUCACGCAUGUCGCUAGAUCGGAUUGUCGUUAAGUUUGAGAAAACCAUACCUACCAACACCAACCUUAAGUUACGUCGAAAGGCAAGACUGAGCGGUAAGCUAAUUGUGCCGACCGAGUUGGAGUCUGAUCAGGCGCUAGCAAGUUACGCAACAAAACAUAACGCAUUAGCGGUUAUAACGCAUGAUACGGAUUUUUUGAUCUUCGCGGGAAAGUGGCAACUCUGGCAUGCGAACCGGAUUAAUCCAACUACUUUAGUUGCACAAGCGUUCAACAGGCAGGCGCUAUUGCAAAAGCUUGGUUUGCAAUGGCAACAGAUGGCAGUAUGGGCUACAUUAGCUGGAAACGAUUUCUUCAAAUAUGACGAAUUGGAACCCUUCUUGAAUGAUCUUGGUCCGCAUCAUCAGAAGUUUACGAAACUGGCGGAGUAUGUGCGCAGUCUGCCGAUAACGAAGCAGCUGGAUGCUGGAACGGUACAAUCCAUUCUGGAACGGGUGUACAAGAACAGACGUCUACCAGAGGAGGCUUUCGAAUGGUUUCAGCAAAGUGUAGCUUUUUAUCAAAUCGAACCUCCGAGCGAAGCCACGCAAACAGAUGAAGAUCCAUUUUCUUUUUUGCUCCAGGCUCAACAAAUGUUUGCGUACCGGAUAUUGACCGGAAUACCAAUGAACUGCACACUGCUGUUCUUCGACUACCGUUCGGCCGAGCUAGGAAAUUAUUUUGACAUCAUCGCACCAAUCUUUGCACGUUGGGGGGGCGUGCUACUGUAUCACCAUCGCCAGGAACGUCAACACGUAACAUUGGUUGUAAAGCGAAAUCAUUACGAUUCGCACGGUUUCGUUGACGUACCGGUCGUAUUUCCGAGUACCAUUACACCUCCCAAGGUAGAGGAUUUAAUCUCAAAGGACCCAACAUUAGUGAAUUCACUGUUAAAACGCAAGCUGCAGCUGCUACGUUGGGUAUGUUCGGAUGAUUUAAUCGACCAGGAGCAAUUAAAUUCUACCCCUUCAUCGCUUUUGUUAACCGUAUUGGUCCUGUACCGACUACGUCAGUACGGAGCAAUAAGCAUUUUCGAGGUAAAUCUCCUACUAUGCAUUGCACAUCAGGUUUCGAUCGAUAAGUUCGAUCCGGCAAAGGAACCGUACCCGGAACGGUUGAACUCCCGUGCCUUCCGUGUAGGGUUUCUGUUUCAGAAAUUAUACGAACAAUUCGAACGGGUUACCAAAGCACUUGGCCUGCCGGAAGAGUAUCGUCCUUCGGCACCGUACGAUGGACUACGGUAUCACAACUAUUACACCUUGUGGACCAAUGCGCACAUUGAACCAUGCCACAUGGAAAUAAUCGAGGGCUGGCGUUUUAAACAACUAGCAUAA